AUGGACAUGGAGCUACUUGAAACAAAUGGAAAAUAUGUCUUACCAUUAGAUACUGUAGACUUGUCACUCCUAUCAACAUUGAAUGUUGCUCCAAAGCACCACAAUGACUUGUUGCCUUUAUGGAGUAAAAGUAACUUAAGAUUGAGGAAUGAAGAUUGCUAUUUAGAAUUUGAAAUCCAAGAUCAGCAGGACAUCUCCGACACGGAUACAUAUUAUGAUGAAACUGAAUUUGAAGUAGAUGAUAAAGAAGAUAUCUCAGAAUCAGAGGCCACAUAUGUAAGCCCCACAGAAAAUUCAUCAAAUCCCGAUGUCGAUGGCGAAAUAGGUACAAAUUUCUGCUAUAUCUGCAAUAUCGAAGUUCCCUUGCCAUUUAUGAAGGAACACAUAGAUAGUUCUAAACAUAAGACAUUCCUAAAAAUAACAGAAGUAGCAUUAGAAAGAGUUAAAAAGCAAAUGGGCUUUAACUUUUCCAGUAAAAAUUCUGUCCCAUCAAUGUAUUUUUGUCAAACAUGUGUUACAACAACACCUGUCAAAGACAAAUCUUUCCAUAUGAAAUCGAAUGCUCACAAAAAUGCUGUUAUAUUAGAUAAAUUGUUAAAUGACUUUUUGAAAAUAUACACACAUGAAAAAUUAGAAAAAGAUAAAACAGAAUCUGACAUUGAAACAUCUAAUCAUGAAGGAUUGGAUAAAGUUAUCAAUAAAAUGUCAAAUGCUAAUUCUACUGUAAUCUGUAGUGAUGAAGUUACAAACAUACCCGACAUUGAAAAGCCAGUCUACAAUAAAGAUACUGCCGAAGAAAUAGCUUCAAAGCUGAUACCAAUUACAGUUCCAAAGGUAAAUAAAAAUACUAUUGUCAAUGGUGGUACAAACUUAACAGAAUACAUAAAUAUUUUAAAUGCUAAAACUUUUUCUACACACAAGUUAAAAGAUGUCAAUGGAGACUAUUUUAUUAUCGAAACAAAAGAUGGCAGUCAGUUAAAAGUAACACACAACCAUUUUCAUGGAGUAUUAGCUAUGGGAAAGCGCCAUGCUCAGUGCAAACUAUGCACAGAAAUAGUUAGAAAUUUAGAUGAACAUAUUUGUUCCCAAAAACAUAUCGAGAAGUUAGUACUGCCUAUAAAUGACAAGGAAUGUAUUAGAGAGUUGGACAAUACAAAAAGCCAUUGCAUUCUAUGCAAUGAGUUAGUCGAAAAUGAUGUCGAUUUCCACAUACACAACAAAAGACACCAAGCGUUAUUGCAAAAUGCCAUCUUAUCCGAAAAUGAGAGCACAAGCCAAAUAAAACUCGAAACACAAAGUGAUGUUCACAAAACGAAUAUUACUGCACUUGAAAUUAAUGAAGAACAAAAACCAAAAUAUUGCGCUGCUAAAACUGCCGAUGAUAAUAUAAACAACGCCCAGUCAGAGCUUGAAAAGAACGAGGGUGUGGUUCAAUUGGAUGUUAGUAAAUCUAAAACAUUUUUCUGCAGUAUCUGCUAUAUUACCCUUCACAGCAAUAAUAUUCAUUCACAUGCUAGUGGUAUAAGGCAUAAAACGAACGAGAAACACAUCUAUCAUUAUCUUAUAGAAUAUUCUAUUGAAGCGGAUAAUUUAAAAUGUAAGGUUUGUAAUUGUUUAGUUGAUACCCACCAUACCGUUCAUUUAACGAGUACAGAUCAUGCUGAUCGUUACAAUGCUUUAUUGGCUGAAAACAAAAUGUUUAAGACGGAAAAUCAUGUAUUUUGCAAAGCAUGCACUGUUUAUAUUCGUAUAGAAAAUGAGCUGGUUCAUAUUGAUUCUACAAAACAUAAGAGGUUGCUUUUGAAUUUAAAAAGUGAAAUUAUUGACCAGCCCACAAAAGGAAAUAUUAUUACAAAAGCCACAGGUAACGAUAUUAAACAACAUUUUUGCGUUGUUUGCCAAGUUAAUGUACCAAACAAUGCCCAUAACAUCAGUACACAUUAUAAUGGAAAAUUGCAUAAACAUAAUUUGGCUAACUACCACAAGAGCAAUAAAAUUGAUAAAGGCCAUGAGAAAUUGGCAAGUGUAUCUAAAAAUGACAAAGAAAAAGCUAGUGUUAAUCCUCCAGCAGAGAUAUUUUCUAAAGACACGCCGUCGGGAAGUACUGCCAAAAAUAUUCCAGUUGUUGAGCAAAACGGAAAAAUAAAUAUCAAAAAAGAUACAAACCCAAACUCUGUAAUACAAACAGCAAGUCGACAUGAUAAUAAAAAUUCGAUAUCCGUUACUAGUGAAACAGCAAUAGCGGAAGAUAUUUUAGAAAUCACCAUAAAUCCGAAGGAGUUGAAGUGCAGAAUAUGCUUAGUGAUCAUUCCAAAUAAAACAGAAAAUAUUCAAGAACAUGUUAAUGGGUACAAUCAUAACAAUAAUGCUGCAAUACUACUGGUACAGAACCGGUUGAAGCUGACAGGGAACCAGUAUUUUUGUGACGGCUGCCGUGAACCUGUGACUGUAGGAGACCAAUUCGAUCAUAUUAAUAAGCGAUCCCAUGCAGUAAAUAUGGUCAGAACUUUAACUAAUGAUAUAGUAAAUGCUUUUGCAGAAAACCAAGAUCACACCGACACCGAGUCAAAUACAGGUAGUUCUAUAAUCAAGGGGCAAGCCUUGAAAGUUUCUCACAGCAGUUCAGAAAAAAUACAACAAAAAUAUUUUGAAAUAAAACUUACUAAUAAACCGGGUGAGGUAAACUGCCAAGUUUGUUGUGUAAAAGUACCUAGCAGUGUUUCUACAUUGAAAAUGCAUAUAGGAGGACGAAAGCACGUCACAAUGUUGCAAGAAAUGUUAUCAAAAAACAAAAUACAAGUAAAAUCGGACUGCUUUAACUGUUUGGUGUGUCAGAUGGAUAUGAAGAAAUAUGCUCUUUUCAAUCACGUUCAAAACGAAACUCACGUAGCGGCCCUUACGAAGACGAAGAGAAAUAGCAUUUGUAAAGUCUGUAAUAUAGCUAUAAUAAAGGAAACAAUGGCUGAACACGUUUUAACUGUGCAGCAUAUUAAUAAUCAAAAGAAAAAAAAUGAAAUGUCUAGUCACAUGUGUGAAAUUUGCGACGUUCAAUUGACCAAUAAUGCCACGAACAUUGACGAGCAUAACAAUGGUUCCCAGCAUAAAAACAAUUUAAAACAAUUAGAAUUAAAUAACAUAGAAAUAAAAGAAGGUGAAAUGAAAGAGAAGUGCUACUGCAAUACGUGUGGUGUGUACUUCACUUGCAAAUCUUUUCAGGAACAUAUUCGUACGUCGCAGCAUUUAAUUUUAUCAGGAACUGGACUUUAG